GUGCUCCGGAGAAACGCUUCCCUCCCACAGGAGACUCCCACAGAGCGGGCUCGCCCGUCGCCGUGGAAGCUGGCAGGUGCAGGAAGGAAGCCGGCGCUCUCCUGAGAGAGAAGCGGGACGGGCCCUCUGAGGAGCCAGUCCGGCACUGGAGAAAAGAACCGGAACUGGAUAUAGAGACACCGCUCGACUUUGCACUCCCCGGACCCAGUUGGAUGGUGUACCGGGCCUGGUUACCAUGGUAACCAGAGUCGCAGUUUGUUUCCAAACUGAGAGAAGAGGUUCCAAAGGCCUGUCUCAUCACCAUCAUGAAGGCUUCCUCAAAGGGUCUUCUCACCCACAUUUCCCAGUUCUGGAGUAUGCUGGAUGAUUUGGCUGAAAAUGAUCCCAAGCGCUACCAGAACUUUAUUCAGCAGGAGCUGAAAGAUGGCAAACAGUUCUGUGUGGACCCAGAACCUCAACUCUGUCUACAGACCAAGAUCCUAAAACCAAAAGAAAAAGUACUUUUUAUCAACCUAUGUGAAUGGGAAAGGAUCCCCGCCCCGCAGUCAGCCACUCACCCUGUACCUGUAAGUGUUGGCAGACCGGAAGACUCUGCGGAGGCAUCAGAUACUCAUACCAUCAUUGAUGUUGCUUACAAUCCUCGUGUUCUGCAAGCAGCAGAAAAGGACCAAGGGAUCAGAGAUCAGUUAAUACGGAUGGCCAUGCUGUGCAUCGAGGAGCGACUGCGGCUCACACUUGCACACUCAUACUGUGUUACUAGCUUUAGACUGAAAGGAAGCAUCCAGAGAAUGAAGGCAAGGCUGAUGGGCACUGGAAAUGACUUCCCAGACUUCAAAGCAAUGAUGAGAACAGAAAAUACUCUUGAGAGGAUCAGAAGCAGUGCUAUGAGUGAACCCAAUCUCCUUCCUGAGGUGCUGCUGACAAAAACACAAGCGUCAGCCAAAGGACGAUGUCUUAUUGAAGAGAUUUCUAGUUCACAAGUCCAGGUGGAGGUUAAGAAACCUGCCUAUGAAUUAAAGGUUGUAAAGGAUCAGAACAAGAAACCUCUGAAAAUUGAGCUGAAAGUCGAGUUACCUGGAAUUAAGUCAGUCUCUCUCUGUGAACUUAGUGUUUCUGAGGUUGAUUUAUUGAUUGAGGUCUCUGAGAUGUACCGAUUAUACCUGAAUCUUCCAGAAUCAAUUAAUACGGAAACGACUACAGCAAAAUUUGUCAAAAAUAAGUCUGUAUUAAUCAUUACAAUGCCCCUGGCAUAAAAACAGUUUAUUUGGUGUUUUCAUUGUUACAGCCAUUAACAUUUUGUCUAAGCUCUGCCCCACAGUUACCUGGCAACAGCUAGGUGUGCCUGACUUACUAUAAAAGGGGCUGCUUGCCCCCUCCUCUCUCUUGCUCUUGACUUCUUGCUCCCCUCGCCCCUUCCCCCCCACAUGCUCUACCUCUCUACUCCUUUCUCUCUCUUCCUUGCUCGCUCUCUUCCUCUCUCCCUCUCUCUUUCUCUCUCUCCAUCUCUACUACACUCUUAACUCCCCUCCCCAUGCCCUGAAUAAACUCUAUUCUAUACUAU